AUGUAUUCUGGCCCUCCGCCUGGAGGCGACGCAGAUCUGUCCGGAACUCAGGGUCGAGACGUCAUCAAACAGUGCGGGGAGCUCGUUCCGCAAGUCGCGUUUGGGAGCGACACGAAGGCCGUGCUGGUCGAGCUACUGCGAGUCCUGCACGAAGAGCACGCCCUCGGGGAGGGCAACUCGCUGCUGACCGACAGGACGUUCCUCGUCAAAGCGGUCAAGGUCCUCAAGGCACACGCCGUCCUCAACGGACGUCUGCGCUGCGAGCCCCACGAUCUGACGGCCAUGCGCCACCUGACGACGUUCCGUGUGCCAAGAAAGUCCACGAGCAGAUCGAGGCCAUCAUCGCCAGACCGUCCUGGCGGAGGCACCCAAGGGCGGCACGCCGCCGCCGGGGGCCGAGCCCGGCGAGGCGGCCGACGCUGCCGAGCGGGAGCAGGCGCGGCGGCCAGGAGAGCCGGCGGAAGACGCGGGGACUCCUCCGGAGGAGCCUGA